AUGAAAGUCAGACAAACGAGGGAGAGAGUCUUUUUGACUAUGGUGUUCAACAGUGCGGUGGUUGUGGCUGUAGCCGACGUCUCCACCGAUACGUGGCAGCUGAUAUGGAGGGUUCCGUCGUCGCAGAGGAUCAACACACGGGAGCUUGUGGACAUGGGCUUGUAUCAGUUGAGUCGUUUGGUUCUCUGUUUAUCGAGUUUUAUGUAUAUCCCUCCUUUUGAUUCCAUCAACUCUUACUCCUACGAGCCCAUAUCUAUUUUCUGA